AUGCCUAACGAUGCUGCAACUUUCCAUGAAGCUGAAGCUUCUUCCCUCUCACCGACCAUACCUCCUCACUCCCCAUACUUUCUCCACGCAUCUGAUCAGCCAGGCACGCCUCUUGUUACACCACUUCUCAAUGGGGACAAUUUUCCUACAUGGCAUCAUGCCAGGAUCAUUGCUCUUCAGGCAAAGAAUAAGCUCCAGUUUCUUGAUGGUUCUUUGCGCAAACCAGCUUCUACUUCAUUUGAUCUACCCCAUUGGAUUCGCUGUAAUAGCAUGGUGUGUUCUUGGAUUGUACAUUCCAUCAUUCCCACCAUCACUCACAACAUACUUUGGAUCAACUCUACCAGGGAUGCUUGGCUCGACUUGCAAACCCAUUUUUCUCUGAAAAAAGCUCCGCAGAUUUUUGAAAUCCGUCGUUCCAUCUCCAAUUUAUAUCAAGGUCUUGAUUCAAUCUUUGCAUACUAUACCAAAUUGAAGGGUUUAUGCGAUGAGUUUUCUUCUUAUCGCGCUUUACCAACUUGCACUUGUGGUUCUGCUACCACCAUCCGGGGGUUUUAUGACUCCGAUUUAUUGAUGGAUUUUCUGCAAGGUCUUCAUGAUUCAUACUCUGUUGUCCGCAGCCAGAUCCUAUUAAUGGAUCCAUUACCAUCAUUUGCCAAGGUUUAUUCCCUACUAUUGCAAGAGGAACUUCAAAGAUCGAUCCACUCAUUACCCACACCACCUAUUGAUCACGCUGCCAUGGCUCUUGACCGUUCCAAACUGCAAAGUCAGCGUCCUAAACCAUUUUACCACUAUGAUUUUUGUAGUAAAGAUGGUCAUUCCAAAGCAAGGUGUUUCAAGAAGCAUGGCUUUCCGGACAACAAGAACCCAAAGAAUUACUCUAAGGAUAUAAACACCAAUCGCAGCAAUGCUGCUGCCCAAAGAGGUUCUACCUCUAACAUGCCUUCAAACUUGGCUGCGGCUAUCUCUACAGGGUCAACUAUUUUGACUUCGGGACCCACAUUAUCUGCUGAUCAGAUUCAACAGCUUCUAGCAUUACUCCCUGUUGGUAAUUCUCAUCCCCUCGAACAUGUUGCAGGACCCACGUUCGAAGACAAUUAUUACGAAGGGUAA